CACUACAGGCUCUUCAAACACUUUAAUUAAGCAUGAUGUAGAUUAAAAGACUGGGAUUAUUACUGUAUUACUGCCUUGUUUAGAUAUAACAUGAACACCCAUGUAAGCUUGAAUUGUUUUUUUCUGAAAUGAUCACAGGCUUUGCACCUGGUAACAGUAAUGGUGGGCAGCAGCAUCUCUGGCCAGAGCUGUUCUGUUGUAACCAUUGCAGAAUGUGCAGAUGAGCCAAGGAGAGUGGACUUUAAUCUACCAACAGAUAGAGUGCCUCUGACAGGAGGACAGCCUGCCUGGGCCAGUUAUGUUAAAGGCGUGGUGCAACACUACAGAGCUCAGCCCCUGCCUGCAUUUAAAGCUGUAAUAGCCAGCAGUGUCCCACUGGGGGGUGGACUGUCAAGCUCUGCUUCACUUGAAGUGGCAGUGUACACCUUCCUCCAGCAGCUGUGUCCAGAUGAUGGGGAUAAAAUAGCAAAGGCACUAGCAUGCCAGAAGGCAGAGCAUACUCAUGCUGGAGUACCCUGUGGUAUUAUGGACCAGUUUAUUUCAGUGCUAGGCAAAGAGGGCCAUGCGUUGCUUAUUGACUGCAGAUCAUUGGAGGCCACUGCUGUUCCCCUGGCUGAUCCCGGUCUGGUCAUCCUUAUCACAAAUUCCAAUGUGAAGCAUGCACUGACGGGAAGUGAGUAUCCCAGCAGACGAAAACAGUGUGAGGAGGCAGCAUCCAUUAUGGGCAAGAGCAGUCUAAGGGAUGCCACAUUGCAAGAUCUAGAAGAUGCUAAAGACCGAUUGGACAGUGUAACAUAUAGACGAGUAUAUCAUGUGAUCGAAGAGACUGAGCGUACGGCAAAGGCAGCUGAGGCUCUUAAAAGAGGAGCUUAUCAAGAGUUUGGAAAGCUAAUGUUGGAGAGCCACAAUUCCCUCAGAGAUCUUUAUGAGGUUAGCUGUCCAGAGCUGGAUGUGCUGGUAACUGCAGCAAUGGAGGUUGAUGGAGUUUUUGGGAGUCGCAUGACUGGAGGAGGGUUUGGUGGAUGUACAGUUUCCCUGCUUCAGUCUGAUGCCACUGAAAGAACUAUGAAGCAUAUAAAGGAGAGAUAUAGCGGAUGCCCAACCUUUUACAUAACUACCCCAUCAGAUGGAGCUCGGGUCCUCAAGUGCAUUUAAUGAGUAUCAAUAAUCAAAAUUCAAAGUGAAAUAAUCAAAAUAAGUCAAAAUGGUAUUUCACUUAUGAAUGAAUUCAAUUUUAAUCAUUGGUCAUUAUUCCUAAAGGGAAAUUCUUAUCAAUGUCAUUUUUAAAAAACUUUUUAAGUUUUUCAAUUAAAAUGAGAACAGAGUAUGCAUUUUUAACUGUUUUAAAUAAAAGACAAUUGUUCACA